AACAUGACAGAUGUACCGGCUGUUUCGUGGGGUUUCUUUCCUUUUCUGACGCUACUUUGCCUCGUUUACACGACACAAUAUGCGGCGUUAUUUAUAAGUAAUUUGCCGAAUCAUAUGGAAACAUGAAAACGGACAGAAUUUUUUCUGGUGGGUCUUAACACACCUUUAUUAUCCGUGGUAGCCAUUGUAACACCUGCGGCGGGUUUUCUGUAUUCAUUAACGAGUUUCCAGCAAGUACGGAAGCACCACAGGUCCAACACAUGGGGACGGGAGCCGCCUUUAGAGGUCUGAAGAUCAACUGACAGGAUGAUCUACGUUUUAAUGGGCGUCUCAGGCUGCGGGAAAAGCACUUUAGGGGCCUUCCUGUCAGAAAAGCUGGGCUGGCCGCUGCAUGAAGGGGAUAACUUCCACCCACAGGAGAACAUAGACAAGAUGGCUCGUGGUGAACCACUGACAGACCAGGACAGACUGCCCUGGCUCCUCAAACUACAUGAAGUCAUUGAGAGAGCGCAGUCUUCAGGCUGUGAUGCUCUGGUGGUCUGCUCGGCUCUGAGGCGUCUCUACAGACUCGUCCUGCUCUACGGCUCCAAAGCUCUCACUCCCCCAUCCAGUCCAGAUCAAGAUAUCCUGCCUCCAUCUUCUCCUGAUGUCUUUUUCCUUUUCCUGCACGGCGAAUACGAUCUCAUUCAUCAGAGGAUGGUGGCCCGGAUGGGACAUUACAUGAAGGCUGACCUGCUGCGCUCACAGUUUGAUGCUUUAGAGCCUCCCCUGAUGGAGGAGAACGUGAUAACGCUGGACAUCAGGAGAAGUAUCUCUGAUAUGGCAGAGGAGGUGGAGAAGCACAUCACAAGCCUGAGGUCGUCCACCACUGCAACAGACCAAAAAUAAACUUUAAAGACAAAAGUUGGACCCAAAACAGACCAAGAAAAAACUGUUUAGAAUUAAAUGCAUUAAAAUUGAUAAUAGCUUUUAUGUAUCUUGUGACAUGUCUUCAGAAGAAAUGCAGCAUAUUUGGCCUGUUAGCUUUGGUGAAUUCACAGUUGCGUCAGCACAGGAAUAUGAAAUAAAAAUGAACUGAUGGUGGUUUAGUUGAAUAUUUCAUACCUCAAGUUUGGGAAUCUUCUGUUAAAUAUUUGACUGAAGUUCGACAUGUUUGAAUUUUUUAUGACAAUCUACAACCUGGAACAAAGGCUGUAACUUAACUAUUUUUAUUAUCGACUAGUAUGCUAGUUAUUUUCUCAGUGUGUUGACCACCAGAAUUAUUAAAAGUGAU